AGGCGCAUCUCCUUAAAUCCUGUCCCUACCCCCCUCCUCUUUCUCUGCAUUUCGUUCCCCCUCCUCUUCCAGCACCUCAGCAGGUUCAAACUCUUCUGCGUGAGGGUGGCGGUGAUCGAGAGGUCACGUGAUGAGCAUCCUGCUGCCCAACAUGGCGGAGUUCGACACGAUCUCGGAACUGGAGGAGGAGGAGGAAGAAGAAGCGGCAACGUCGUCGUCGUCGCCGUCGUCGUCGUCGUCGGUAUCGGAGCCCGACGAUGACGAGGAAGAUGAGGAUGAGGAGGAAGAAGAAGAGGAGGAGGAGGAAGAAGAAGAGGAGCAGGUGGAGGAGACGCCGCCCCCGCCUCGGGUAGUGAGCGAGGAGCAUCUGCGGAGAUAUGCCCCCGACCCUGUAUUGGUGCGGGGCGCCGGCCACAUCACUGUGUUUGGCUUGAGCAACAAGUUUGAUACUGAAUUUCCCUCAGUUCUAACAGGGAAGGUGGCCCCAGAAGAAUUUAAGACCAGCAUUGGCCGUGUGAAUGCAUGUUUGAAAAAGGCUCUCCCAGUCAAUGUGAAAUGGCUGCUGUGUGGUUGUCUCUGCUGCUGUUGCACACUGGGUUGCAGCCUGUGGCCCGUUAUUUGUCUCAACAAAAGAACCAGAAGAUCAAUUCAGAAGUUGUUAGAGUGGGAAAAUAACAGAUUAUAUCACAAGCUUGCUUUGCACUGGAAGUUGACUAAAAGGAAAUGUGAAACUAGCAAUAUGAUGGAGUAUGUAAUACUAAUAGAAUUCUUACCAAAAUAUCCCAUAUUCCGACCUGACUGAGGGAUUUUAUUCAGUCACUUCUGUAUUACCUGUCAUUUCCUACCCUUAGUGCCUUGUAGAUGAUUUUGGAAUGAAGAUGGUCUCCUUUGCUGUGUUCAACUUAUUCUUUAUAAUGGUAGAAUAUUCUCCUCACACUUUCAUUUGUGUUGGUUUAAGAAGAAAUUUUGCACAUCUUUUUUGUUGUUAAAUGAGGCUUGUGUUUUGCACUGUCAAUUUUUAAAUAAAUACACACACACACAUACAUAUAUGUAUAUAUAUAUAUUGCCACUAAAAAUAAACAUCAGUACUGGUGUUUAAAAAUCAAAAACAUGUUCUGAGCAUGCUGCCUUAUAAUUUUCAUACUCACUGUUUCUAAAUAUGCAUCAUUUUUCUAGGCUACUUAAUGCUCUGUAAUCCCUUACUGGACAUACGUAAAUAAGCUUUUGGUAGCUUCUAGAAAUGGUUUUACUCUUACCUGCUUUUAAAGGACAUGUAAUUAAUAGCACUGGUUUUGUCCUGCACUUUGCUAAAUUAUCACUUAUGUUAGUGGAUAAAAUAUUUAAACUCCUUAAGACUUGUAAAUAUUGUCUCUUUGUGUAAUGUAAAAUGUGAUAUGCCAUGGUUUACAGAAUGUAAUGUUACUCUUAAUGUAUUGCCAACGAUUCUGCAUAGAUUUUAAUAUGAAUGAAGUUUGCAAGCAUCCUUUUGAAUGUAGAGACUGUUAACAUGCUGUUUUAUGGCAAAGCCAUAAUAAGUAUGUUAAAAAUUUCAGGUGUGGGCAGCGUUGCCCUUUGUAAUGAGUGGAUUAAAAUUGAAAUCAUUGUCUGAGAUCUGCAUUGCACCUGAAACCAAGAACCUUAUUUUUUUCCAUUUAAUUCAGUAAAUCCCAUUUUGUCCUCUACUCCCACCCCCAAAAGAAUUCAUUUGACAUCUGACAAAUUUCAUAGCCUCAGUCUCCUCAUUUAUUUCCCUUUAUGUAUCCUUUCCUUCAUUUGGAAAUACACACAAUUAUGACCUUUAAGGAAUGUUUCAAAAUUUCAGAUGUCUUAGGAGAUGUCUAGACCCCCCAUGAAAGCCACUGCUAACCCCUUUCUGGAGUUAUGAUAAUCUACUUUGAGAAAGAGAGAGAGCUAAUUGAAAAGCUGUACCUAAAGUGGCUGAUUCAUAAUUGAUUAAAUACUCUUAAUCCUCUUUUUGAGGAUCCUUUGUAAACAUUUGGAUAUUAUUAAUGAGGAAAGAUAAGUAUUUAGACAAAAGUAUUUUAGUUUAUAAAUUAGCCACACGUUGCCUUUUCAUUGGUAUGUGCAUAUUUCUCUAUUUCUCUUCACAUUAUUAUGAGAGCACCACACUCUAAUUCUUCUAGAUUUGAAUUUUUAACAUAAUGAAAGCUUUGCAUUGCAUUAAUUCAACUUCAAAUUUGUGCCUGUAUAUAGGCAUUAUUUGUAAUUCCUAGUGCUAAGAAUAAAAGUAUCUGGGACUGAAUAUUUUAUUUAUCAUCUUAGUCUUACUUGCUUUUAGUAAACUUUUUAAGGCAAACAUUCAUCCCAGUAAAGAGAACAAUCAUUUCUUCAUACAAGGUCAAGCUUUUUAAAGCCACUUUUAAAAUUUAUGCCUAAUUUGAAAUCCACAGUCCUAGACCAGUAAAAGAAGAGGGGGGAAAAAAAAGAUACUAUUUGAUAUGUGACUGUAAUUUUUUGCGCAAACACUUUUCCACCUCCCUCUGUAGAACCCCGUUAUUACCCCCAUACCACCCAGAAUCUCUAACUUUUAAUAUAUUGUGUGUGCCUGCAAAAAUCAUUUGUCUGUCUGCUGCAAAAUUGAAGGUGUAUUUUUAUAGACAAAGUGGAAACCUCUGAAUAUGCAUACCAAAUGUCUUGUUUUAUAGAUAAGGUCAGGGAAAAAUUGUAUCUAUGGUUUAUGUUCCAGCUAGUAUCAUCAGGUUUAUGCUUCAAACUGUGACAGUUUAAUACCAAAAUUGAUUUCUAGCAUAGUACAGAAUUUCUAAUUAUCACUGAUAGAAUAAUUACUUUUAAGUGUCAACCCUUAUAAUCUCAUUUUUUCCUGUAAACUUAGAAUUUGGCCAUAUGAUGGUCAUAGUAACUUUUUCUGCCAUGUAUAAAUCACACUUGUUUUGCUCAAAGAAUAGCAAGAAGUAGUGAAUUGUUUCCAUAAAACAAAUAAUGAGACAGGAAUAGAGUGCAUCUGGAGGUGACAGAGUAUAUAAUUCAAGUUACAGUAGUAUUUAUCAUAAAAAGCAUUUACCAGCAUGUGUGAACUUAAUUUUAAAACCUACUCUAGGGUACUUCCCUGGCGGUCCAGUGGUUAAGAGUUUGCCUUUCAAUACAGGGGGUGCGGGUUCGAUCCCUGGUUGCAGAGCUAAGAUCCCACAUGCCUCGCAGCCAAAAAACUAAAACAUAAAACAGAAACAAUAUUGUAACAAAUUCAAUAAAGACUUUAAAAAAUAGUCCACAUCAAAAAAAUCUUUAAAAAAAAAUAAAACCUACUCUAAUAGCUCUUAAAUUUAUUAUCUUACUGUUCAUUAUGCUGGUCAACUCAUUUUCUUGAACUACUCAGAAAAUACCCAAUUUUCUUUUUUUCUUUCUUCUAUGACUGCUUUUUCAAACUCUUUUCCUUUGGAGGGGACUGAUUAGCAGUUGAGUAUUUUGGAGUCCUUUAAGGGAUUUGUUUUCAUUUCAGUGGUAUUGGCAGCAGUGAAUGCUAAAAUGACAGAGUACACUGUGGACAUUAACUUCUCCCCCAUUGACCUUUUUUUCUUACAUCCUCAGGAUACAACAUGCCAAGUUAAUAAAGUAUUUUUGUGACAGUUGUUUUUAGAUUGAAGAAACUAAUUUUGAAUUUCUUUGUUACAUAAUAUUUCUUUAUGAAACCUGCAUAGAUGUUUCCAGAGAAAAUAACAUGUACCUUACAAAGCUUUGAGGUUACAAGUUAAAACUGUUCCUUCUCUGACUUUCCAUUAUGCAUCUCCACCUCCAUAAAUUGUAUAUAAAAUGAAAUAAGCUUUAACAUUUUUCAGCUACUUUUUGUUCCCUUCUACCUGCUAUGUUAAUUUAGGAAAGAGACCAUUGUAGUUAAAUGUUAGAAGUAGAUGGAGAAGUGCCUUGUCUUCUUUGAAUAAAGAUAACAUUUUAUGCUGAAGGAAGCAGAAUGAAUGAAUUGGUAAAUCAUUAUAUUUAAAACCAUCCUUUUCAGCUAAGUGUAAGAAUAUUUUGGUAGUACAUUAUAUUUCUUCUAUUUAUUAUUUAAAGCUUGUUUCCUUGGUUUCCCCCAAUCAUGAGAUAUAUUAGUGAGAAAAUAUUACAGAACAGGACUGUCAGUCACUUACAUAACUAGUAUAAUUCUAAUGCUAGUAAACAUGUAAUUUAACAUGGUUCUGGAAAAACAAUGGUCUUUGAAGCUCUACCAAAACCUACUUAAGUAUUUAACACACAUGCAAUUCAUGUUAUUAUGACCUGUAAACACUAAUGUCUGAUCAGCUAAUCAAACUGUGUUACUGUUUAGCACUCUACCAUUUUAAUGAAAUUUAUUCUUGUUUUUUCAUAAUCUGAGUGAAGUUCCAUGACAUUUGUAAGCCUUCAAACAAAUAGGGAUUUUUUUUAAUGUAAGAGAGCUUUAAAAAUCAUUAGAAUUUAAUUUUGUUUACAAAUAAAUUGCCACUUAAAAAAUCAAAUCCCACUACUUAAACAUAAAGCCUCCAAAUAGUAUUUUAUUAGAAUUGACUAUAUUGACCUGAGGGGAUAUAUAAAUUGUAUACACCCAUUUAAUUGGAGCAAUUUCACAUAGUGGAAAUACUUUCUCCUAAUUUGAUAAGAUGCUCAAAUUCAUUGAAAUUAGGUCCUCUUAUGCCUAUAAAAUUCUGCUUUAAUCCAUUUUGCAACAAUUGUCAAAUUGUUUAGGUUACUUUAAAUGGUGAACUAUUGGAAAAUUUUCCACAAAAAAUGAAUAGAUUUUAUUAAUAAUGCCUGUUCAUGUAAUAUGUGGACUAAAUAUAAGGAGAUACAUAUAUAUGUAUGUAUUUGUAUACAUCUCCAUAUCUUGCCCCCAGUUUCUCUUUCCUGAUUCUGAGCCAGCCUUUUCAUGUUUAUGAUGGCAACCUGAGAAUAUGUUCCAUUUUCUGUGGACUUUGUCAGAUUCAUACUAUAUGAGGAAAUGAUCUAAUGGGCUCCAGGCAAGUCACUUACAUUACAUGUCAGUCUCUUCAUCUGUAAAAUCAUGGGAUUGAACCUAGAGCUGGACAGAAAAUUAGAGGUCACCUGACAUUCUGUGAUUCUAGGAAUCCUUAGGGAAUGUUUACAGGAUCUCAGAAUGAUUUUUCACAAAUCUACUACCCUUGGUGGAAACUCUCACAGUGCCCUGCACACAGUAAACGUUUGAUUUGCCAACUGGCUCCUAGCUGAUGUGUGUUCAUAUCACACAGGCUCAACCUGAUGCCUGCUAGACCUCAGCCCCUCCAUGGUGAUAUGAAUGAUUGCAGUUUCCCUAGGAACUGAGGAAUGAGGUCUAUGGGCUUUACCUACAUGGAAUCUGACUAUAUGCAGUUGGUACCUGGGCAAGAAUUAUGGCUGUGACAACAAUGGAGAUAUGAUAGGACCCACUUUGGCAUUUAAUGUGAAAAAGAGUUUCAUAUCCUAUCCAAGAUCUGCUUCAGUGUCUUAUUUAGUUCCAUAUCCUCAAAAACAUCUGUUGGAACAAAUUGGUAAUAUUAGAUGGAAAGGAAAGUGGUACAGAAGUCAAACCCAAGUCACUUCUGGUUUAAUUCGUAGCUCUGCUGCUUAAUUCCUCUGUACCUCAUGUCCUCAUUGUGGAAGUGGGGACAAUAAUCUGGACCUACCUCACAGGGGAAUUGAGGAUUUUUUCAUAUAUUAAUGUGCUUUUGAAAUUGACUGAAGGAUAUAUUGUACAUCAUAAUUUGGUAAUUUCUAAAUAGAGUCCUUUAAAUCUAUGUUGUUAUGUUUUCUUUCUCAGUCACACCUUACAGAAUGAGUAUUGCAGUUAAUCUAUUUUUGGUAGUAAUUUUUGUUAUUAAUCCCUUAUGUGUUAACAUGGGUAACUAUGUUAUAUUAAUACUUGAUUUAGGGAGGAAAAGCACGUGGAUAUAAACCAAUGGUUCUCAACUUGGGGCAGAUAAAAAUAGCAGUGGGGUCGGGUCGUUCUUGAACCUUUUUCAGUAUUCCAAAAAGUUAUACUAGAAACCAUAUAUUUACCCAAAAUAUUCCUACUGCACAAGCCAACUAAGACAUUGAAUUACACACAUUUGCUUAUGUUUCUUUGAUUCUAACACUGGUUAUCAUACACUGAUCAGAAACUGAAUGGCGGUUAUGCUUUUGAUUAAUUUUUUAAAUGAGAAAGCCUAUUGUUACAUGCAAUUUAAUAAAUAAAAUACUUGAAAAUAUGGGGAAGGAAUAAUAAAGGGAUCCUUAUGGUAAAAAUGUUGGGAGCCACUUUUAUAAAGGAACCAAGAUUAUUUGACCUCUACAGGUUGCUUACCUAGUCCCUAAAUAAUGAAAUGCUAGAGUGUGUGUGUGUGUUUUGGCUAGAUUGGGCUAUAUAACUUCAGGUUAGAAUUUGUCUUCAUUUUUUUUCUGUUUCAGGAUGAUAUAACUGAGCUAAUUUAUCUGGGUGUGUAUGUGUAAAUCAUACAUACAUACACAUAUAGGAUCGCAAAUGUGGAAAGUGUUAUAAUGUCAUGUUCUAGCAUUGGAGUAAAUAUCAAUAUCUGAGUCUCAAAGUAGUUCUGUGUAUAAAGUCAACAUGAUGAGUCAAGGCAAUAAUUUCUCAAAUGUUCCUUUUAUUCCUGCUUAUUUUGUUUGCUUUGAUCUUUGCUUAAGUUUUUAAUUUUUCAUUUUUAUAGUAAGCAAAUAGUGUAAAAUUGAUUUAAUACCUGGACUUUGAAACAAGUUACAAAUGUUUGAAAUUAUAUAAUCUACAAGCUAGUUUGCCAUCCUUGGACUAGCCACGUACAAAUAUGAGUCUCAGCUACAAAAACAGGAAAUCCUGGUAGCUAGAAGGUGGGCAUUGAUAGAAAUAUUUGUUUGAAAAGCCUAGGAUUUCUGCUUUUUGGCAGAGGAUUCCUGUUGGGACAGUUUUACCAGAAAAGGAUAAAAAUGAAUAUGUCCAUUUAAGCCGAGAACUUUCAUGCAUCUUGUAUUGUUAUAUAGCCUGUGGAAUGAAUCAUUUUUCUCCCUUGAGUUCGGGAGUGACUGCCCUGGAAGAACUCAACCUAUAUACAGCUGUGCCAAAAUGAAGGAUACCUGCCUCUCUGAAACUUUCACUGCUGCUUCUGUCGUUGUUCACUUGUCAGAUAUUAAAUUUUAUUAUCUCAGGAUGCAAAAUUACAAUAAAGUGCAAAUCUAUAUUAAUGAA